AUGAAGCCCCUCGAAUACCCGGACCGGGUCGACAAGCUAUGGGAGGUUAUCGACACCCGGAAACAGGGUUCCGUGGACUUUAAUGGCUUGAGAAAGGGACUUCGCAGGAUGGAUCAUCCUUUUGGUACCUUUUCGUAUCGAUCAUUAGCCCUCAAAAAUGCAGAUUCUAUGCUUCAGCAAGUUUUCGAAACGGUCGAUACGAACGGCGAUGGUCGAAUACAAUAUGGAGAAUUCCGCGAUUUUGUCUCUCGUGCCGACGAAACGCUGUGGGAACUAUUCAAAAGUAUUGAUCGAGAUCAUAAUGGAGAGAUAGACAGAUCGGAAUUCAAAGAGGCAUUUGCUACUGCGAGGAUUACCGUAUCGAGUUCUAUGCUGGAUGAGUUUUUGGCUCAAAUGGACCAAAAUAAUGACGGGGUUAUAAGUUAUAAUGAGUGGAGGGACUUCCUGCUCUUCCUACCAAUUGAACCCACCAACCUGGGCACCGUGCUGUCAUACUACAAGGCAACGGGAAAUCUAAACCCGGAAGGAGACGUCGACAUCAGUGAUACUCUACAGGGUUUAGGUAUUGGAAUCCCGACCCUGUCUCAUUUCUUACUACAUGCCCUAGAAACCGCUCUCUACUAUACCCUUCAAGUUCCGCUGUCAAUAAUCACGAAUGCCGCUCCAUUCAACCUGGUAGCUGUUGCAUAUGCAGAGACGCCCGAUGCUGAGCCAGCCUCCGAUCUGGACUUGGUUGUGUUUGACAGGGAUGUUGAUGUUGUUCUUGAUCGUGAUUAUGAGCUGGAGUGGCUUUCUGUUUCCCAAACUGUAGCUAUGUGGCUGUCGGUACGCUCUUAUGAACUGCAGUUGACCGACAUCUUCCCUCACCUAGGUUAUUUUAUCGCCGGUGGAGUUGCUGGCGCCGUCUCACGGACAGCUACCGCCCCCCUCGACCGUCUGAAAGUGUACCUCAUCGCCCAUACUGGCGUACGUGAAGAGGUUGUCUGUGCGGCUCAAAAGGGCGCUCCUGUGAACGCCAUGCGGAAGGGAAUUCAGAGCUUGGUCGAUGCGACGAAGGAGUUGUGGAAGGCAGGAGGUAUUCGGAGUCUUUUUGCUGGCAAUGGACUCAAUGUUGUCAAGAUCAUGCCGGAAUCCGCGAUCAAGUUUGGUGCUUACGAAGCAUCGAAACGAGCAUUUGCGCGCCUUGAAGGACACGAUGACACGAAGAAAAUCAGACCAACUUUCCAGUUUUUAUCUGGUGGACUUGGUGGUAUGGUGGCGCAAUGUUUUGUCUACCCAGUUGACACAUUGAAAUUCCGCAUGCAAUGCGAACUCGUGCAAGGAGGCGUCCAAGGCAACAAACUCAUAGCUGAAACUGCACGCAAAAUGUGGCAAAGCGCCGGCGUCUUGGCCUUCUUCCGUGGCUUACCUCUUGGUCUAGUCGGCAUGUUCCCCUACGCGGCUAUCGAUCUAUCAACAUUCGAAUACCUCAAACAAGGACUCCUCGCCCGAAAAGCGCGACAAGAUAAAUGCCACGAAGAUGAUGUGCCGCUAAGCAAUUUCACUACUGGAGCCAUUGGUGCUUUUAGCGGUGCUCUAGGUGCAUCCUUUGUCUAUCCGCUCAAUGUCCUGCGAACACGAUUACAAGCGCAGGGCACCGUCUUACACCCCACGACAUACAAUGGCAUUAUAGAUGUGACGCGCACGACUUAUCGGACCGAGGGCUUUCGCGGAUUUUACAAGGGUAUUACCCCGAAUAUGCUCAAAGUUGCUCCGGCAGUGUCGAUCAGUUACAUUGUCUAUGAGAAUGCGAAGCGAUUCUUGGGAUUGAAAUAA